CUAUGUUGCGUGAGAAGGGAUGAGUGGAACCCUGGUGAGAGCAAAUGAUGGCUGUGUUUAACAGAGCACUGUUUAAGAUAGCUGCUGUUGUGAGCAUCAUCACCCUGGUCACAUUCUAUCUUAUGAUGUAUCAUAACUAUCCUGGAGCGCUAACCCGAGAGGCUCCCACUACACAAAAACUGAGGUCAUGGCGAGAGCAGACUGAUUAUGGAGUCUAGCAGCCUGGUGACCCUCAACUACCUGCUGGCUACAGUGUCCUACACCAGCACUGUCUACCAUAUACACACUGGAGACCUCGCAUCCUUCCAGUUUGACAACCAUGAAGCCGUGUUUCCCAUUACCAUCAAACAGCCUCUCCUUCCAGUCCUGUACGACGUGGGAACAGAUAUCAGCUCUCAAGUCACCGUCAUCACCAAGACGUUCCUGCGCUACACACAACUCAAGGUGUUGCUGAGUAGCAUCCGGCGUUUCUAUAGCAAGAUGGAAGUCGUCAUCGCAGAUGACAGCUUUGAACCGGAGAACAUUACUGGAGAACACAUCAGACAUUACAUCAUGCCUCCAGCACAGGGCUGGUUUGCCGGCAGGAAUCUGGCUGUCUCCCAGGUAACCACCAAGUACCUCCUGUGGGUGGACGAUGACUUUGUGUUUACGGAGGAGACGAAGAUAGAGAAGCUGGUGGAGGUGAUGGAGGCGGUCCCCGAACUGGAUGUGAUUUCUGCUGGGGUGGUCAACUUCUUCCUGGCUCGAACCCACGCCGUACAGAGGGUGGGAUUUGACCCUAAGCUCCAGAGGGUAGCGCACUCGGAGUUCUUUAUGGAUGGCCUGGGCUCCUUGAUGGUUGCCUCGUGUGACCACGUGUCCAUCGGCCAUCAGCCCAAAACAGGCCACAGCAAGGACGAGGCUCUCUACAAAAAGUUCAGACACCCUCCAGGGAGUGACGCAAAGCUCAAACUGCAGCUUCACUUCUUCAAAAACCACCUAAAGUGUAUCAAGUAUGGAUAGAUGACCACUUGAGGACAUUGAGUGACAUAUUUCCCUGCACUUCUUCAAAUGAAUGUAUUUUAUAUUUCUCUUUCUCCUUUUUAUUGUUGGAUAAAGUGAGAGGGAAUCCUUUCCUUUUUUACAUGCUGAUUAUUGCUACACAUUGCCACACACAUCCAUACAUGCACUUCGGGACUGUGUGUGUGUGUGUGUGUGUGUGUGUGUGUGUGUGUGUG